AUGUCUGACUCACCAUUGCACACUGUUGGUUUCGACCCAAGAUUCCCAAACCAAAACCAAACUAGACACUGCUGGCAAGCAUAUGUGGAUUACCACAAGUGUAUCAACCUGAAGGGUGAAGAUUUCGCACCAUGCAAAGUGUUCUGGAAGACGUACUCUUCUCUAUGUCCUGUCGAAUGGGUUGAGAAAUGGGAUGACCAAAGAGAGAAAGGUAUCUUUGCCGGUGACAUUAGUCCAGAAGAGAGCAAAUAG